AUGGUGGAGGAACUUAAUAAGUUACCAACACCAAUCAGAUUUACAGCUCAAAUCAGUUCCGUGAAAGUCCAGUACCUGCACGUGGAACUAUCUGUCGGGGUUAAUAGGCUUGAAUAUAGCCUCUACACCAAAACGACGGACCGGAAUACAUUGCUGCACUCACUGAGUGCCCAUCCACAAACACUCAUUGAGUCUCUUCCAAAAGCUCAAUACCAUAGGGUGAUGCGAAAUAACUCUAAUGAUCUCAUUAAAGAAAGACAACUGUCAGAAAUGACGGAGAAGUUCCUGCAACGUGGUUACAAGCGCUCUAUCCUUGAUGAAGCCCUAAAUGAAGCGAGAGAACCACGAGUAUCUAAAGAAGAAAUGUUUAAACAUGAAGUAACCCAAAAAUUGGUUUUCCCUACCACAUACCAUCAGUCCACCAAAACUAUCUCCUCAGGAAGAAUUGGAGAAUCUUGUCUGCGGACGAUACGCUCCUCAAGGUCUUUCUUGAAAAACCUCUUAUUUGCUUCAAACGGAACAAGAAUUUAA